AUGCCCUCUGAUCAUGUGCAGGAGCUUUGUGAUCUCGUGAACGUGGCAGAAGCAUGGGUUGAAAGAUUAAAGGAACUGUGUGUACCACUUUGUGAGACGAUUGAAGAACACGUGGAGGUUGAGGCAUGUAUUUUGGCUGCUGAAGAGGCCGGGAUCCAUGCCCAGAGUGCAACAAAGGCUUGCACGGAUUUCGUUAAAGGGCAGGAUAUCAAGGAUCUACCAACAAACCAGCUUUCUCCCGGAGCCCAGCCUCCUGGUACUUCUGAGAGCAAGCAGGCCCUGGGAAAGCUUCUCGUGCGCAUCGGUGAGUGCGGAAAGUCAACAGAAGCCUUGAUCCAAGCUGUGACAGGCGCCAAAGAACAGGUUGCCCGCCGUGCCUUUGCACAGCAGAAGACCGAGGAGCGAAAGGCCCUUUUUUCCAAAUAUGACCGAGACAAAGACCAGUUCCUCAAUCAGAAGGAGGUGGUCACCUAUGCCAAGACAGAGUUGUCUGUGAACGUGGACCAGGUCUUGUUGGACAAAAUCUGGAGAUUCACCGUCGAAAAAGAUGAGAAAGGCAUUAGCUUUGACAAGCUAUACUUGCUUAAUGCCUCCCUCGGCAUUGCAAGAGAAAUGAAGCGAAAUGAGCGCAGAAGAACAGCAAGAAUAGCAAAGGAAAAAGUCCUUGCAGGACUCAGAGAAAAGGUAAAGAGUAAAGUUCGAGAGGUUGAAAGACUUUAUGCCAAGUUCGACAGGGACAUGCGAGCUGCUGAGGAGGCCGUCCGCCCAUUGGCUUGCAGGGUCAAAAACUCCUCCGUCUCUGAGAUGGAACGGUGCGCAGAUGACUGUGACAAGAUGGUGGAGGUGUGCAGGCAGACUGCCUGCAAAGUGAAGCGCCGCAUUGAGACAAUCCCCCUUGGCUUCGACAAGAAGUAUGAAGAGGACAUGAACGAGUUGUUCAGAAUACAGAUCAAGCCGCUCGACUUGCAGAUGGGCCGCGGAGACCUCCGCUUGGUUCGUGUAGAAAAUCUGUGCAAACGCCAUAGGGAGGAGGCUUGCCUUAAGAGAGCUCAAGAGACAGAGAUGGUAAGAGCAUUUGGGAUGAAGGUUGCUCGGCAUUAUGCACGAGUCAACGAACUUUCGUUCGAGGAAUUAUUUCGCAACAUGGAUGCGGAUGGCGAUGGUGUGGUAGAUGAGGAGGAGUUCGCAUCCUUCUUUGCGAUAGUGGACAAGGACAUCCCAGACGAGUUUGAAUGCGUAGAGAAUCGCACUACGGACGAGCAAGAAGAGCUUCCAGGUCUUGGGGAGGUUUAUCCUCAAGAAACUGCCAAGGAGACCUCAGAUGAGAUGGUUCUGGCCAAGAACAAUUCCGUUGUGCCAAAACCGAAGCCGAAGAAGGUAGUGAAAGCUGAGCUGACGCCAGAGGAAGUGAGGAGUCUCUUCGCUAGCGUCUUGGAGCCGGAUGCAGUGACUCUAUCACCCGAGGCCUUCUCUCGAAUCCUCAAGGUCUACUUCAAGGUGGUGAAGGAGACGCCUUUGACUAAGAAGUUGGAAGUCAAUGGCAGCGAAACACUUCAGCAGCUGAAUGUUGGGGAGUUUGUGGAGAUGCUGGAGGGGCCUGAGAAGGAGGCUUCCAUGAAGGUCUUCCGUGCCAAGGUCAAGGUGACUGGCGAAGACAAGGAGGGUUGGGCUACCAUUGCUGGCAACGAUGGCAGCAUUUUUCUUCAAGAGGUUGGCCAUUUGUGGAAGAUUCUUCGACAAACGGAGCUCUUCGAGUCUUUCGAGGAUGGUCCACCAAAAGAGGGCAUCAGAAGUGUCAAGCAGGUCGAGGUGCUGGAAGUUCUCUCCUGGCCUCAAAAAGAUGAGUCUGGCCUUUCAAGGCUAAAGGUCAAAGCGAAGCUUGAUGGAGCCAUCGGCUGGAUCACACAAGCCAACAAGGAAGGCGUUGUUUUUGCAGAUCCGCUCUGA